AAAAUGCACCUACACCCCUGCCCCCAGACAGACAGACACACAGAGAGGACAGACCUGCUUCACAUGGAACGUGUCUCACCUCCCCAUUAGGGAUCACUCACUCCCCCCAACACCUGCCGAAUUCUCCAGGGAAACCCAGCGCCCCCCAUGGACAGACUCCGUCUCUUACACCUCCUCUGGAUCUUCUCCGCUGCCCCGGUAUUGGCAGGUUACCCCAUCUGGUGGUCCUUGGCACUCGGCCAGCAGUACAGCUCCCUUGGGUCGCAGCCAAUCCUCUGUGGAUCUAUACCAGGUCUUGUCCCGAAACAGAUGCGGUUCUGCCGGAACUACAUUGAGAUCAUGCCCAGCGUAGCAGAGGGGAUAAAGCUGGGAAUUCAAGAAUGUCAGCAUCAGUUCAGGGGUCGCCGCUGGAACUGCACCACCAUUCACGACAGCCUGGCUAUCUUCGGACCGGUACUGGACAAAGCCACCCGUGAAUCAGCCUUUGUCCACGCCAUUGCCUCUGCCGGAGUGGCCUUUGCUGUAACUCGUUCUUGUGCUGAAGGCAGUUCCACAAUCUGCGGCUGUGACUCUCACCACAAAGGCUCCUCUGGAGAUGGUUGGAAGUGGGGUGGCUGCAGCGAGGAUGCGGACUUUGGAGUUCUGGUGUCCCGCGAAUUUGCUGAUGCCAGAGAGAACAGGCCAGACGCCAGAUCGGCUAUGAACCGACACAACAACGAGGCAGGAAGAGCGACCAUCCUUGACCACAUACACCUCCGAUGUAAAUGCCAUGGUCUCUCUGGCAGCUGUGAGGUUAAAACUUGCUGGUGGUCCCAACCUGACUUUCGAGCUAUUGGGGAUCACCUAAAGGAUAAGUAUGACAGUGCCUCUGAGAUGUCAGUGGAGAAGCACCGGGAAUCCCGAGGUUGGGUAGAAACACUGAGGUCCAAAUACUCACUCUUUAAACCUCCCACCGAGAGGGACCUUGUGUACUAUGAAACAUCCCCCAACUUUUGUGAACCCAAUGCAGAAACCGGAUCGUUUGGGACCCAGGGCCGUUCCUGUAAUGUGACAUCUCAUGGGAUUGAUGGAUGUGACCUCCUGUGUUGUGGAAGGGGUCACAACACACGCACUGAGAAACGCAAGGAGAAGUGUCACUGCAUUUUCCACUGGUGCUGUUAUGUGAGUUGCCAAGAAUGCGUGCGCAUCUAUGAUGUCCACACCUGCAAGUGAAACCAAGGCUCCUGCUGAAGAACGUAUCACUGUGUCACCUCCGCUGGAAGGAGCUGGUUCCACCUGAAGCACGACCAUCCCACAGAUGAAGAACAAGGCUGAACUAGUUUGACUUCAGGAAUAGACGCAACUCUUACUUGGCCAUAGGAACCAGGAGAGUAGGGUUAAAUGUAGCGAGAACAUUUGCUUUCUUUAGCUUCCCAACUGAAUUAAGUUUAGUUUUAGGGUCUCUCUUGGAAUAUGAGAACACUUAGGGAGCUGUUCCUGCUGAAUUGUGCUUACUGCGGAGGAAUAUUUAAUCUAUCUAUGCCUUAAGCAUUCUAUUACUGGCAACUUUCAGAAGGCCACACAGCCCUAGUGAUAUCAGGCCAAGCACCAGAUACUUUUUUAUAGUAAUUAUAACACAAUAGGAGGGGUUUGAUAGCUAUACAGGAAAGUUAGUGUCUGCAAACAGACAUAAGGCAAACCUAAACCUGUAGCAACACCUUAAUAUAAUCCAAUCUAAAGGCACCAGUGUUGGGCCACCACUCUCUCCAACAGAGAUGAAGGUUCCAGAUUUCCCAGACUUUCCAUUCCAGCCCAGGGUCACAGUAUCGGAAAUACCUUUGUCCCAAA